AGAAUCGACGAGGCAGGUAAAAGGGGUAUAUGAAGGAAAAACAGGUCUUCCGAAUCUACACCAAUAAAUAUAAAUCUAGUGAGACACGAGUCUACGACAUACAGUUUUAAGAAUUUCUCGUGUAAGGUUGUGUCUUUUCAGAACUUCCAGCAGCAGUUGAAAAUUCAAAGUGAAUCGCCAUCUCCACAUUGACCGAAAUUCAUUGUCUAAACGAAACGUGUAAAGGCUUAUUGCCUUAAGUGAUGAGCCUAUACUAUAUAUAAAAUUUAACUAUUAAUUGAUAAUAGUUUUCCGCACACGUAGUGAUCCCAGAGUGAUCCUGCCAAAGCAGUAGAUUAUCAUGGCGAAUAAUAAGUUCGUCGUUUUCUCAUCGCUAAUGGUGGGCCUUGUCUUGAUCUUUCAAGACACAACGAUAGAUGGAAAAAGGCAUUUUUUUUCGCGUUGGACGUCACGAAAUCCUCUUAAUGGAUGGUGGACAUUCCCCCAAUCACGUCAAGACGUCCCCGUUGUAGUGGGCGCCGUCGGUGCUGAAGUGUACAAUCCUGGAUUAAGUGCAGAUCGAUGGGUAACAUCUGACGUCGUUCCAGGGCAGCACGCAUUCCUCAUCGACAGUUCACGAAGGCUCAUCCGCAACGACGGUCUUGCAGUUGGCGGCGACGGUGGAGGCGACGGUGGAGGCAAUGGUGGAGCGAUAGCAGGGCCUAUAGUUGCAGGGGUUGCGGCGGGAGCAGCAGGGGCAGCAGCUCUAGCAGCUACUGCAGCUGCCGCGGCAAAAUCAUCGCUGCUCUUGUGGUUUGCUAGUGGCAUGGCAGGUCCCAAACCAACGAAAAAACCUAAACCACCGCAUAAACCUAAACCAACGCAUGGCCCCAAACCACCGGACGGUUCAAAACCUACUAAGGGACCCAAACCGACGAAGGGUCCCAAACCAACGAAGGGACCCAAGCCAACGAAGGGACCCAAACCAACGAAGGGACCCAAGCCAACGAAGGGACCCAAGCCAACACAUCAUCCCAAGCCUGUUCAUGAACCAAAACCCACUAAAGGACCAAAACCGACGAAGGGACCCAAGCCAACACAUCAUCCCAAACCUGUUCAUGAACCAAAACCGACGAAGGGACCCAAGCCACCGCAUCACUUUAAACCUACCCAUAGACCAAAACCAACGGACGAGGACCAUAAACCAACCAAGGGACCAAAACCGACGAAGUGGCCCAAACCAAUAAAGGACCCAAAGCCAACAGAAGACCACUGGAAACCAACGAAGGGACCCAAACCACCCAAAAAACAGAAGCCUACAAAGCAUCCAAAGGAAUCGGAACUAUUAGAAUACGACGAAGCUUUUGAGGAGGAACCCUUAGCAGAAUUGAAUACAUCUCUGGAAACAUAUUACACACCGACCCACUUAACAUUCUGCCAGCCAGGAGAAGCGGGCGUGACAGACAUUACUACUGCCGAAGCUAGUGGAACGUUUCAGAUCAACGGGAACGUUGACAGAAAUUGUUCCUUACUCAUCAUCGAGCCAAUGGGCGAGAGAAUUAAAUUGUCGUGCAAUAUUAUUUCUCUUGGAAAUAAUCAUUCAUUUAUGGAGGUAACAGAUGGCAUCGGUGCUGGUGUUGAUGCGAGUGCUCCCAGCUCUGGAGAAUUUUCGUUUACUUCUUCAACAAAUAAUUUGGUAUUAAACAUUCAAGCACAGGGAAUGUCAGAAUAUACAUGUUCAUGGGUGCUGGGAAAUUUGGCAGAAUAAUUUCUUUCUGUCUCUUUUGCUGCUCCUAUUCGUUCCUUAAAUUUAUACAGAAAUGCCAAAUUUUUAUUUAAAAAAAAUCAAAUUUUUAAGUGCUGCCCAUCUAAUCAAAGCUCGCUUUCAUUUCAAAAAUUAUUUAAAGCAGACAACAAUGAUAACAGCAACAAAAUACAAUAUUUAUUUAUGAUUCUAA